GUGUCUCUCUGUGUGUGUGUGUGUGGUGAAGAUGUGAUAAUAACAGCUCAUGUCUCUGUCUCUCUCUCAGGUCUUCACAUUGUCCAGUGGAUGUACGGAUGUGAAUGGGACGAUGAGACUGGAGAAGUUAAAGGUUAUGAUCAGCUUGGUUAUGAUGGAGAAGACUUCAUAUCAUUGGACCUGGAGACAGAGACGUGGAUCGCUCCAACACCAAAGAGUGUCAUCACCAAACUGAAGUUGGAUCAGGAGAAAGCUCGAAUCGCUAAUCAUAAGAACUACCUCCUCCAGCUGUGUCCUUCCUGGCUGAAGAAGUACCUGGAUCAGGGGAGGAGCUCUCUGCUGAGAACAGAGCUUCCCAGGAUUUCUCUCCUCCAGAAGUCUCCCUCCUCUCCAGUCAGCUGCCACGCUACAGGUUUCUUCCCUGACAGCGUCAUGUUGUUCUGGAGGAAAGACGGGGAGGAGCUUCAUGAGGACGUGGACCUCGGAGAGGUCCUCCCCAACCAUGACGGGACCUUCCAGAUGAGCGCUGACCUGAAGGUUUCAUCCAUCUCCCCUGAAGACUGGAGGAGGUACGACUGUGUGUUCCAGAUCUCUGGUGUGAAGGAGGACAUCGUCACCAAACUGGACAAAGACUCCGUCGAGUCCAACAGAGAGAAGCCCACCGACGUGACCACCAUCAUCAUCAUCGCUGCAAUGGUCGCUCUCGCUGUCGUCAGCACUGUCGUUGGAUUCAUCGUGUACAGGAAGAAGAAAGCCCAAUGUACUUCACUUCCUGUAAAAGAUCCAGGUUCCUCACAGCCGCUGAGAUCAGGUGAACAAGGUUCUAAUUCUCCAAGUGAGACGUCCUCCUGAACACAGUUUAUGGACGAGAAGCAGUGUCACCACAGUCUCCCCCUUACGCUGGGAACUCAUUGAUUAUUCAUCACUCAAAUCAUAAAGUGAUAUUCAGGGUCAGACAUUGAUUGAAAUACAAACAACACAACUGACAAAUAUGA